CGCAUGCGCAGUUAUUUUGACCUACACAGUCGCAGGAGAAAAUGGCAGCGCUUGGUCUGGGGCUGCAGGUGCGGCAGUUGAGCACGUCGGUGGUCAGACCGGCUUCCAAAUUGAUUAAGCCCCCCAUCCAGGUGUAUGGAGUGGAAGGCCGUUAUGCCACUGCUUUGUUUUCUGCAGCCAGUAAGCAGAAGAAUCUGGACAAAGUGGAACAAGAGCUGGGUCGUGUGUCUACCCUGAUAAAGGAUCCUAAGUUGUCCAGCAUUGUGUUGAAUCCCCAUGUCAAGCGCAGCAUUAAACAGAAGACUGUCAAUGAUGCUUUGACCAAGGCCAAGGUCUCCCCAAUCACAAUGAAUUUCAUCAAUGUGCUUGCUGAUAACGGUCGCCUGUCCCUGACUCCUGAAGUCAUUACUGCUUUUGGCAAAAUGAUGAGUGCUCACAGGGGAGAGGUCACCUGCUCGGUCACUACUGCUCAGCCCCUGGAUGAGGCUAAUCUUGCUGAGUUGAAGGUAGCACUCAAUGGGUUCCUGUCAAAGGGAGAGACCAUCAAGCUUGAGACCAAGAGUGAUCCUUCCAUUCUCGGGGGCAUGAUCGUCAGUAUCGGUGAUAAAUAUGUGGAUAUGUCCACAAAGUCAAAGAUCCAGAAGCUUACCAAGCUGAUCAGGGAUACUUAAGUCCUGUGGACUGACCAGAACCAGUCAAAUGUAGACGAAAACAAAGGAGCUCCUGUCCCACUUACAUGUGACUGAACUAUUGUCAUCUUGCAUUGAUAAAUAAAUAAUCUUUAACAUUUA